UCAUUGGCGAUUUCAAAAUCUGAAAAUGGCUGUGGCUAUUAUGGCGCUGACCCGUCAUGCAUUUCACAUGGAACACAGUGUCACUGUGGCUUCUUAAGUUCUUUAAGUUUACGGCACUUUCGAAGUAGGCUGCCUUUAUAGAAUUUUUAUGGCUCUGAUUCGUCUUCUUCGAAAAGGCUUUGUGUCCACUGCCUGACUGUGUCAGUGUAUUAUUAUGUCCACAGUGCUGUCUGACUGUGUGUAUUAUUAUGUAGGCCUAGGCCUACACCAUGACCGUGACUGUGUCACUGACACUCACACUGUCGACUGUGUGUGUGUACUACUACUACUGUAGUGUAUUGGUCCAUCCAUGUGGGCGUCGUGUUUACAGUAUUCUAACAAUAUCUAUGCACCGAUCGAACACAUCGGCAAGAAGGAUAGAAAGGGGAACUAACCCAGCAUAUAAUAAACCAGGGAUUCGUUUUACUUUGGCCCAAACGGGCGCUUUUCCGAGACGAACAACCGACAACUGCAUGUCUAGUAACGAAAGUGAUUUGUUAAUACUACCCGAUGAAACCUAUGACAAAACAACACAAGCUGAACAUUGAGCAUGAUUUCUAAUCAAAAAGAUAUUGUAUAAAUAUUUUAUAGUUUUGAGUUGGGUAAAUUAAUACAUUGAGUAUGUUUUCGUGCAUGUUCCAUCGGGUAAAAUUAGAGGCUGUCUAACAACUCGGCUAAUAUUCAAAAUGGCUGCCAUGACAAGACCGAAUGUUUUUUGCCUCAUAAAAUUGCUCUCAAAAUCAACUUUACAUCGAGCAUCGUUGACAUUUACAGCUGUAAGGUAUAUGAAGCAGUUUAACAAUGGUCACAGUGAUAGAUGGAAGUCUCGAACUGCCCGAGAGCUUUACAAGAGGAGGCUUGAAGCUGGACCGGAUAAGGAAAGGCACAGAUCUGAGUGGCUAAACUGGAAUUACAAUGCAGAAAUUUUUGCUUUUGGGCAACGGCUAGGGGAAGAAUUUGAUGAAGAUCUUUUGAGAAGGGCGUUUACACAUAAGUCAUAUAUUGAGAAAGAACAAGAAAAGCGAGCUGCACUUGGAAUGACAGAUGAUAUCGUACCUCUAAAUCUCGAGGAUAAUGAACAGUUAGCACAUGAAGGCGGGGCAACAAGCAGUGCAUACAUCAAAGGAUUCUUAAGGUAUUCCUAUCCAAGAUUACCAGAGGAAGGCAUUUGUGCUAUUCAUGAUCACUUGAUUUCUGAUGAAAAGUUGGCGAAAAUCAGCAGAAAGAUCGGAACAAAUGAUUUGAUUCUUUGUGAGGAGAUGAAACCUACACCUGCCACACUCGGCAAGACCAUGAAAGCAGUUAUUGGUGCUUUAGCCCAAUCACAGGGUCUUGAAAGAACACAACUCUUUAUAAAAGAUUUUGUGCUGACUCAGCUGAUCGGCCGAGACAUCAAUGCUCUGUGGAAUGUUGUGAACCCAGUUGGCCUGCUAGCAAAAUACUUGGAAAAUAUGAACAGAGGGCCACCAGAACCAAGGUUGAUAUUCCAGUCCGGAUCAGAGACAGUGAUGGGAGUUUAUAUGGUUGGCAUCUACAGUGACAGAAUGCUCCUUGGACAAUCCCCAGGUGAAUCAGUUAGCAUCGCAGAGGAAGAAGCUGCAAGGGAUGCCCUCAAGAAAAUAUUUGGGACGGAAGACUUCCGGAAACCGAUGGACUUUGAUACCAGACAGCCAAUUCCACUGACAUUAGAUAAACAGAAUCCAUCUUUAAUGCAAAGCUAAAAUUAAUUUUAUGUGUUUUGUAUAAAAGUGCCUGCCAUGAAAAGAAACUGAAAGAUCAUGUGACCUUUUUCUAAUCCAUGUUGAGAUGAAACAUUGAAUAUUGAAUUGGUUGGAUACGUAUGUGUACAGGUUUUGAUCAGUCAAUAAAUCGAUGAUUGAU